GUUUCAUGAUUCAAGAUUUUCCCUUUUCUCUCCUACGCGUCCACAUCUCUCUCUUUCUCUCUCUCUCUAAAAUUUGUGUGUAGAUUUUGUGUUUUUUUUUUUUUGUUUGAGAAUAAAAAAGAUUGUCUGAAUAAUAAAAAGUCCACUCCAGCCAGAUUACAGUGCAGCAGAGUCUUAGCUUGUAAAGAAAUCAAAGGCCUUUACAACUCUUGGAUUUACUCUCAGUUCUUCUCUCUUACUUGUAUUUUUUUUUUGGGGGCAGAAAGAAGAACAAAAACAAACCCAUUAGGCCAUUUCCCCUUUUUGGUUCUCUUUUUUUUUUUUAGCUUUGGAAUUGUUUAUUGGAAUCAUUAUUGAUAUAUUAUUCAGUUUUCCUUUUCUUUGCCCAAUUGGGUUUUUUUUGGGGUGUUUUUAUUUAGUGCUUUUCUCAAUGUGGGAGAGGUUGCUUUUGGGUAUCUUCUGAUGGGGGUUACAUUCAUGGCCACAUUUUCAUUUCUAUAACUUGUGGGAGUUUUUCAAGACUCAGUUUUUAGCAUACUGAAAAGUGGGUUAUCUACAAUUGGUUUUUUUAAUGUUAUUUUGUUGUUGGGGGUGACUGAGUGCCUUCUUCAGUGGGAAUUUCUGGCACUGAAAUAUUGAUUCUCUAGGUGGGUUUUUGUGGGAUUUUGGGGAGUUCUGGCUUAAGUGGGUUAUGCAAAAAUGGUGAUGGGUACUGGAGGAAGGCUCAUUGCCGGGUCUCAUAACAGAAACGAGUUUGUGCUUAUCAAUGCAGAUGAGAUUGGAAAGAUUAAAUCUGUGCAAGAAAUAAGUGGAGAAAAAUGCCAAAUUUGUGGGGAUGAAGUUGAAAUCAACGAUGGAGAGCUCUUUGUUGCGUGCAACGAAUGUGCUUUCCCAGUUUGCAGGCCUUGCUAUGAAUACGAGAGAAGAGAGGGGAGUCAAGCUUGUCCUCAGUGCAAAACCAGAUACAAGCGUCUCAAAGGUAAGAUUUUUCCACUUCAAAGAAAUAACUUGUUGAUAUUUAAACUGCAUAAAAAAGUUAAAGCUGAAGAGUGAUGCAAUAUUUAGGUAGCCCAAGGGUUGAGGGGGAUGAGGACGAAGAUGAUGUUGAUGAUUUGGAACACGAGUUUGAUUACGGAAACAUGGAUGGACCACUUGUUUAUGGUCCAUCUAUGCGGCAUAAUGUUGCCCGUGGAGGUCAUGCAAGCUCAUCCGGGAGUGGCAUUUCAGGACAAGAUUCAUCCCGUGGUAUCGAUAUUCCACUCCUGACCUAUGGUGAAGAGGAUGCUGAAAUAUCUUCGGAUAACCAUGCCCUUGUGGUUCCAACAUUUUCUGGUCAUGGAGCUGGUUCACAUUCUUCACCUUUUCCUGAUCCAUCAGCGCCUGUGCAACGAAGGUCUAUGGUUCCAGAGAAAGAUAUUGCCUUAUAUGGAUAUGGAAGUGUUGCAUGGAAGGAUCGGAUGGAGGAAUGGAAGAAACGACAAAAUGAAAAGCUCCAAGUGGUCAAGCAUGAAGGAGAAAAUAAUGCUGGUGAUGGUGGAGAAUUUGAUGAUCCUGAUAUGCCGAUGAUGGAUGAAGGGAGGCAACCACUUUCAAGGAAGUUGCCAAUUUCGUCAAGCAAGAUAAGCCCCUACAGAUUGAUAAUAUUAGUUCGUCUUGCUGUUCUGGGCUUAUUUUUCCACUACAGAAUCCUCCAUCCAGUCCCUGAUGCAUAUGGGUUGUGGAUGACAUCAGUAAUUUGCGAAAUAUGGUUUGCAUUAUCAUGGAUACUGGAUCAGUUUCCGAAAUGGCACCCAAUAGAGCGAGAAACUUACCUUGAUCGGCUCUCUCUCAGGUAUGAGAAAGAAGGAAAGCCAUCUGAGCUAGCUGCUGUUGACGUCUUUGUCAGUACGGUUGAUCCCAUGAAAGAACCUCCAUUAAUCACUGCAAACACUGUUCUAUCUAUAUUAGCAGUGGAUUAUCCAGUCGAAAAAGUUUCAUGUUACGUCUCAGAUGAUGGUGCGGCCAUGCUUACUUUUGAAGCUCUUUCUGAAACAUCUGAAUUUGCCAGGAAGUGGGUCCCCUUUUGCAAAAAGUUUAAUAUUGAACCACGGGCUCCGGAAUGGUAUUUUUCUCUGAAAAUUGAUUAUCUGAAAAACAAAGUCCAUCCCGAAUUUGUGAAGGAGAGAAGAGAAAUGAAGAGAGAGUAUGAAGAAUUUAAGGUCCGAAUAAAUAGCUUGGUGGCAAUGGCCCAAAAAGUUCCUGAGGAUGGUUGGACAAUGCAGGAUGGAACCCCAUGGCCUGGUAACAGUGUUCGUGACCAUCCUGGAAUGAUCCAGAUUUUUCUUGGAAAUGAUGGUGUAUCUGGUGUUGAAGAUGUUGAAGGAAAUGUGUUGCCUCGUUUGGUUUAUGUUUCCCGUGAAAAGAGGCCUGGUUUUGACCACCACAAGAAAGCUGGAGCGAUGAAUGCUUUGGUGCGCGUGUCAGCCGUUGUCUCAAAUGCACCAUUUCUUCUCAAUGUGGACUGUGAUCAUUACAUUAAUAAUAGUAAGGCCCUAAGAGAAGCCAUGUGUUUUAUGAUGGACCCGACUUCAGGGAAGAAAGUUUGCUAUGUUCAGUUUCCACAAAGAUUUGAUGGAAUCGAUAGGCAUGACAGAUACUCAAAUCGAAAUGUUGUUUUCUUUGAUAUCAAUAUGAAGGGUUUAGAUGGAUUGCAAGGGCCUAUAUAUGUGGGAACAGGUUGUGUUUUCAGAAGGCAAGCACUUUAUGGUUUUGAUGCUCCUAAAAGCAAGAAGGCACCAAGCAAAACCUGCAACUGCUGGCCCAGAUGGUGCUGUUUAUGUUGUUGCUCCAGAAAGAGCAAGAAUGGAAAAGCGAAAAAGGAUAACAAGAAAAAACCAAAGCACAAGGAGACCUCUAAGCAAAUACACGCUCUUGAAACCAUUGAAGAAGGAAUUGAGAAAGAAAACCCUGAGAACGCUUCUAGAAUAAAACUAGAAAAGAAGUUUGGCCAGUCUCCUGUUUUUGUUGCCUCUACACUGCUGGAAAAUGGUGGAGUUCCCAGGGUUGCUAAUCCUGCAACAUUACUGAAAGAAGCCAUUCAUGUCAUCAGCUGUGGCUAUGAAGAUAAAACAGAAUGGGGAAAAGAGGUUGGGUGGAUAUAUGGUUCUGUCACAGAAGAUAUCUUGACUGGAUUUAAGAUGCAUUGUCAUGGUUGGCGAUCUGUGUAUUGCAUGCCUAAGCGGCCUGCUUUCAAGGGGUCAGCCCCCAUAAAUCUUUCAGACCGUCUUCAUCAGGUUCUUAGGUGGGCUCUCGGAUCUGUCGAGAUUUUUAUGAGCAAACAUUGUCCUCUUUGGUAUGGUUAUGGAGGUGGGCUGCAUUGGCUACAGCGAUUCUCGUACAUCAAUUCUGUUGUAUAUCCUUGGACUUCCGUACCUUUGCUGGUAUAUUGUACCCUGCCAGCCAUCUGUCUCCUAACUGGGAAAUUUAUUGUUCCAGAGAUAAGCAAUUACGCCAGUAUCAUAUUUAUUGCACUCUUCAUCACCAUUGCCGUGACUAGUUGCCUUGAAAUGCAAUGGGGUGGUGUGAAUUUAGAUGAUUGGUGGAGAAAUGAGCAGUUUUGGGUAAUUGGAGGUGUUUCGUCACACCUUUUUGCUCUCUUUCAAGGUCUGCUCAAAGUUUUGGGUGGUAUUGAUACAAACUUUACUGUCACUUCUAAAGGAGGUGACGAUGGGGAGUUUUCCGAGCUUUACCUAUUCAAAUGGACAUCACUCUUGAUUCCUCCGACGACUUUAUUGAUUAUAAACAUUGUUGGAGUUAUAGUCGGGAUAUCUGAUGCUGUUAAUAACGGAUAUGAUUCUUGGGGUCCCUUGUUCGGCAGACUUUUUUUCGCCGUCUGGGUCAUCCUUCACCUGUAUCCAUUCCUCAAGGGUUUGAUCGGAAAGCAGCAGAGGACACCUACAAUAAUAAUCGUCUGGUCAAUUCUUCUGGCAUCCAUUCUUACACUCUUGUGGGUACGAGUAAACCCAUUUGUUUCAAGGGAUGGUCCGGUACUGGAAAUUUGUGGAUUGAACUGUGACGACUGAAAACCGCGGACUCCAGUAAAGCGAAGAAGUGAAGGACUUAAGGUGGAAUCUCUCAUUUGGAUGAUUCCCUUGUGUUGCCAGACACAAGAACAGACAAUGCUGGCAUGUUUUUUUGGCAUGAAGAGGUAUGAACUACACGGGUAGAAUAACGCUGUAGAUAUGAAGCAAAAAUUGCAAGCUGACAAAUUAUUUUUGUUCCAGGAUGGUGUUCCAUUCCCUCCGAUUCUUUUGUUGAAUUAUAUCAUCUGUACCAGGUUAUUUUUUUGGGUGUCUGUAAUUUUUGUCCGUGCAUAUAUUGUUACAAGUCAUCCCCCAAUUGAUGGGGUAAUUUAGUGUGUAAAAGUUAUACUCAGAUAUAUAUAAACCUAUUUCUCUUUGAUGAACUCUGAAGAAUGUCUUUUGUCUUUAUUAGUUUAAACCUUGAGAGUGAUUAAAAAUAGAUUAGGGUAGACAUUUUUUUUUAAUUCCUGUAAGGUAUAACACGGUUGCGAUCUCCUUUGUUUGAUUCAAGUCAUGGCUUCAUAUACACUGCAACACUUUCCUUUGUU